AUUAAAAAGGUAGAAAUAAGCCGAGAAAUUAAACCCACAGAAGGAAGGAAUUUGGGGGCAGCGGAGGGAAGAGGGAGAGCGCGAGGGAUCGUCGAAGAGAAGCGAAGGUGAGAAGGAGACGAAUCGAUCGCUCUUCGUCUCCGAUCGAUCGAUCGUAGAGAGAUUGUUCAAAUCAAAGUUCUCGAAAUUGAAAUCCGAGAUCAUUGCACAAUGAGAUUCAAGAAAGGCAGCAAGGUGGAGGUAAUGAGCAAGUGGGAGGUGCCCUUAGGAUCAUGGUGCCCUGCGGAGAUAAUCUCCGGCAACGGGCAUACUUAUAAUGUGCGAUUCAUUACUUGUUCACUUGAUACAAAUUUGGCUGUCGGGCGAGUGCCGAGAAAGGCUAUCAGGCCAUGCCCGCCUCCUUUCGAGUCCACAGAGAGCUGGGUUCAGGGUGACAUAGUUGAGGCCUUUGAGAGUAACUCCUGGAAGCUUGCAAUAGUGUCCCGAGUCAUUGAUUCGAGUUAUUAUGUUGUCAGACUUCUUGGAACGUCGAAAGUCUUUAGAGCGCAUUUAUCUGGCCUUAGAGUGCGACAGUCUUGGAGGGAUGGGAAAUGGGAUGUGAUUCAGAAGGGUUAUCGAAGAUGCAAAGGAGUCAUGGAUAGCCGGAUGAAGUUGGGGAACUUUAGCCCACAAGUACCUCAGUCAUGCAUAGAGUUGGAGAAAUACGGUGGAGAUGAUCAAUUACACUUUGGAAGAAGUACUUGUCUUAGGGAGCUCGCAUCGAGAAGUGGGGAGAAAAGGCCAAAUGACUGCUUGAUGAUUAUUGGCACAUCUGCAGGAGCUAAGAAUAAGAGGAGAUUAGUAGAGAAAGAGGGAAAGUGCCAGCCAGUUCUACUUGAAAAGGCUGAAGUUGGAGGCUUUUAAAGCAUGCCAGCAGGCCAAGAUGAUAGUGGGUUUGUUACCUAUUUAACCUUCGGGGAAUGUGGCAACAUCUCUAUCUCCAUCUGAUCCUGACAAAGGAUUCAGCACAAGCUGAUCAGUUGGUAUCUUUUAACUGCGCUUCUCAUUUUUCCCGAUCUUACUGCAGGCUGACUAGGUGCUUUUGAUAGCUAAGUUAUGGGCACCUGUGUAUCUAUUGCAGCUUAUGAUGGUUGCACUCAAAAUGUGGUAAGAACUUAAAAGUUAACUGCUGAGUGCCUCUAUUUACUUAAUGCGGGAGAAAUCUCAAUUCAGUAUGUUGGAUAGCUUGCUCUUGUCAGUAAUAUUACAUAUAUUGUGUAUUAAUUCACUAUUGUUUAUUUCCUUCCUAAAUCUGGUCAGAGUUUGUUACAAAAGAUACCGCGUACUUUGGUUGCUAUAGUACUGGUGUAACCACUUCAAUAAUCUUACCAGUUUGUGAAUAUUGAUGAGAGCUCAUGUAUUGAAUGGUAUAAGAACAUGUGUCCAAUGCUUACAAAGCAUUUGGUAUAUUUGUUUCUCAUGCAAUUUAAUGUUUCCAUAAAGAAUGAUCAGAACAAUACUAAUUAUUCUUCUGUUAUAAAAAUUGAUCGCUGCCUGUUCCAUUUAAAAUUUUAAACCACAAUCACUGCAAGAAUUCUUUUACAUUGGAGGAAAAGAGAUUUUCUUUAACUUCAAGUGGAAACGAAAGAAAAUAUUCAUAAGGGAGAAUGAUGUUGAAAUUAUCUGCAUCCGUUUCACCUUGACAAUUUGGAUGAUAGAAGCAUUUGUAAAUGACCUACCGAUAUUCCUCGUGAAAUAAAAUAGUUACUCUUUACUUUUUCCGGACCUAUGGCAUUCAUCAUCUGCAGAGUAAUUGUUGUUAAAAGAUCAUUGUAGGGUUUAUUGUGCAUAUUUGUUAGUACACUGUAAGGUAGCUAUUGAAUUUCGAGCGGGAUUGGCACGAAUAUUUUCUGAUAAAAGAUGAACUUCCUGUCGAAAUGUUUUGAAGCAAUACAUUAUCCUUCUCUUGGGUUGUUGUUAGGCUCAUUCUUUGUGUUUAAGUCAUUGUUUUUUAUUAGCAUUCCUAUGGAAGUUACUUAACAAGAUUGAAAUGAAUGCCUGGUGAUACUGUAGGCAUGUGGUGCAUGUACGAUCAUUAGAAGCUUCGAAGAUACUAAAGGCAUUUAGCGCAUCAUCAUCAAUUGUUUGUACUUAACGACUAUUUUAUGCAAAUUUUGAUGGUUGAAAGGAUCGGACCACCUUGAGAAGCAUCACGGGAAUAAAUGAGAAAUAAUAUCUUGAUAUUUUGUGUUUCAGCGAGCAAGAAAUCUUAGAGCUAAUAAGACUUAAAAGUUACAGGAAACAGGUGACAAUUAGGACUUUCUUUACAAGGUACGUGGCAUUAUUAUUUGUGAUGGUUCUAGAACUGUGUGGUUUCUGAUGCUGUUGCUGAUGUUCUUUUCAAUUUCCUUGUUGAUAGUCUUUAGCAAAGUGGUGCAUUGUCACCUUGUAGAUGGAAAAUGCUCAGGAAAUGUUCUUCCAAUAGAUGCCAAUGUUGUUUAUCUAUAUGCACUCUAAUUGAACUUUGCUGGCCUUGAAUUCUUGGACUCGGAAUUUCAGAUUUGCUUAGCAACUUUUGGAAAGGCAUGCUGGGGCACUUGUCUGUAUUCCAUGCGUACAUCUGUUUUGCAGCAGUCUCUGUUAAGACCGAAUCUUUCUCAACCUUCUGACUGUCGGACUGCCAUCAAAUAUAAGCUCUUUCUUGCAAUUUCCAAUUCGAAUCAUUUGUUACGCUUUUUGAAACUAAGCCAAGCUUCUAACAAGGAAUUUGCAACAGUCGUCAAUUGGAGCCUCCCUCAGGAAAGAAGAAAGAUGUAGAAGCAGGUAUAACUUAUGAUCAAAGCUUUUACCAGAUGGAGAGUAGCUGAAUUACAUUUUGGUGAUAGUUACAAGAUUUGAAUUUCUUAGUUCCAUUCCAAAAUUGUCCGUUCGGAUGUGUACUACUGUACUUGAUAUGUGUAACUUGAUAGACUCGAAGGUUUUUAUUUUCACUCUUUGAUUGUGUUUGGAUAUGACAGAUAACACCUUUUUUUACUUACUAUUGCUCUC